UGUUUAAUUUGCAAUCCGCAGUACGGGUAGUUAAUCACUAGACUCUAAUGAGAUGAGCAGCACAAUAUUUCAACGGCAGCAUUUCAUUAUUUCCUGAUACGGAACGGACUGUUGGCAGUAAUUCGCUCAGGAUAAUUAGGGAGAACUUGAAUUUCUAUAUCAUCACAACUUUCCAGUGGAACCCAUUGAAAUUGUUACAUGUAUGUUUUGUUGGAUAUUAGGUUGUGAAAUUUGAUAAACAUUGUAUAAAAUUUAUCAUUGACUGAGUUAACCAUAUCAAAUAUUCGCCUGAUAAAAUCGUUUACCACGCCGCAACUUGAUGACAACUUGAAAACAAAUUGAUCAUAAAACAGACGGGCUUUAUAGAAGUUACACCGAAACAGUUUAUAUUCAGAGAUUGCUGAGAAAUCUGACCCAUAAUUAACAUUUUUCAAGAUAUAUAGCAAAUGGGCCGUACUUUGAUAAUCAGUUUGUAACAAUGUCUCGAUCUCAGUGAGUUGAAGGAGUGCGGGCUAGACGUGUCAACUUUCACGGAUAUUUCAAGAGCGGAGGCGACUUGAGAAAGACAAUUCGACCCCAGGAAGGACUCUGUGAUUAGGACUUUCUUCGUUCCAAAGGAUACCCAAGCCUGACAUAAUGACAACUUUGCCUGCUUCAACAACUUCGUCAACUUCUUCCCCGCCGCCAAAUAAGCUCAAUAAGCCCCUGCUGUCCUCCAAGGCGUCUGCCUUUUCGAUUGACGCGCUUAUGGCCAGUUCGGAUGGGACAGGACACAGGGCCACUACGCCGGAGAACAGCGAACAACCGCUACCACCAACGAUUUCUCAGUCUCCAUUAGAAAAAUUGGUUGAAACAGCAGGGGGUUAUGAGUCGAGCCUGAGCAGUGACAGUGCUUUCUCGACCCCGAAACCAGACGAUGACCUUGCGAGCCCCGUCUCGACCUCUCACGAAGCAAGCUCAGGAAGCAAGAAUAUGGUUGACAUUCACUGCAGACUCGAGACCAAGGAGUUGUGGGAUAAGUUCCAUGAGCUUGGCACGGAAAUGAUCAUCACAAAGUCGGGAAGGCGUAUGUUUCCCACUUUGCGUGUAAGUUUCACGGGUCUGGAACCGGACACAAAAUACGCCGUGCUCAUGGACAUCGUCCCCGUUGACAACAAACGCUACCGCUACGCCUACCACCGGUCUUCGUGGCUCGUGGCGGGCAAAGCGGACCCUCCUCUGCCCACCAGACUCUACAUGCAUCCAGACGCUCCAUACACAGGGGAGCAACUGUCGAAACAGACCGUCAGCUUUGAGAAGCUGAAGCUUACGAAUAAUAUGAUGGACAAGACAGGUCAUAUAAUCCUCAACUCAAUGCACAAGUACCAACCCCGAAUACAUAUCGUCAAGAAAAAGGACAAUAAUAGCUCAUCCAUACAGAGCCUAGAGGCCGAAGAGUUUAGGACAUUCAUCUUUCCCGAGUCUGUCUUCAUCGCCGUGACGGCAUAUCAAAAUCAACUGAUUACGAAAUUAAAAAUCGACAGCAAUCCGUUCGCCAAAGGUUUCCGAGACUCCUCCAGAUUAACUGAGAUUGAACGUUACCAUGGAUACAGUGAGAGUAUGGAAUCGCUUAUCCACCAGCACACCUACGCCCGAUCUCCGCUGAGAAGCUUUGCUGACGGGGAAUACCCAGACCCCCUCAAGAUGCCUCUAUAUGCUGGGAUGAAAGCCAGCCCUGGUAGCAGAGAGGAAGACAAAGAUGGCAAACAACCACAGACUGUAUCACCAUGGCGACCGGUAGGGUCCCGGAUGAUGGGAUUAUAUGGUAGUCCAUCAGAGCGAUCAUUUUAUUCCAUGUACGGAGGCCUGUUAGGACUUUCAAGUUCAGCGUUAACGAUACCAACGUUCAGUUUACAUCCUUUUGCGGCGGCAAGUUCGGCCGCGCUCGGAAUGGACCUAAGCUCAACCUCGGCGGCGGCCAUGUUAUACGCGUCUCAAAACCAGGACUCUUCCAACAUGUCGAAUGUUUACUCUAGUCUCUAUGGCAACCGAUUUCAUCCAUACUUAUCUGCUUCACAACAGAAACGAGUGGAAUCAUAACUCGUGAGGCAAUGUUGAAAACCCCGUUUCUAUCGCGUUCAAUGAAUGCACUACCGAUACGUUUAUUUGAGAACAUCCCAAAAAAGAAACUUUAAGCGACUGGAUAAUUCAAGGAGUUGCUUUGAAGUAACCAAUAAACAGUGAACGUACAAAAUAUGAACGGGUGAAUAUCAUAAGUUUUACCACUAUGCCCAAAUGUAGAAAGAGGUAUAAAUCUAUGUCGAGCCGAAACGGAACUUUACUAUAGGUCCAUUUGCGGGCAAAGUUUUUACCAACUGGUGGGUUCCAUUCUUGUGCAUCUAUCGAAGGUCGCAAAGGUAACGGGGUUGACGUCUAUUUAUUUCAAAUUAAGAUAUUGUAAAUUGUAAUUUUUCAUCUCUAACUUAUGGUGCUGUGCAUACUACUUAUAACAGACAAAUCAAUUCGUGAAGACUAGUCAAGAACGCCGAGAACUAAAAUAUGGGAUAAGGUACUCGGCAAAUGUUGUGUAAUUUGGGCAAUGACUUAUCCUUCAUAUCAGAAGAUAUUGUCGGGCCAAAUCGGCAUUUACUUCAUUGUUUUUUUAAUUAAAAAACCAAGUGUUGAAGUUGAUAGACACUUUUUACUCUUAGAAAAAGCACUGCCAGAUUGUGUAUAUCAGGCCUUCGUUUUUGUUUCCAAAAUACACAGACAUUGGGUGCAAGAACGAGAGAGAGGCCUGAUAUUGGAGGAUGGUAUUAGCAUACACCAAAAGUAUUCAGCGAAUGUACAUGUGCAUGGCGCAUAACUAACGAAUCCAGUGCAGGGCACUGUCAGACGGCAAUCACUACAGAAAUGAAGAGUAGUAAGACAAGUUAACCGCUGGGACACUGAUCAAGAAAUGUUAAUGCUGAUUAUGUAUGAAUUCUCGGUGACGAAGACAAUUUCAAAAUUAGUAAAAACAAGUAGUCUUUACAAUUUCUCUUGUAGAUAUAGAUUGUAUUGUACAUUUCCGUGUAUUAAAGCAAUAAUGGUGUAAUUCUUAUGUGAGAUAAUAGCCUGAGAGCGACGUCACUAGCCUAUAUUUUCAAAUCAUUCUUUGGGGAAAAAAAAUAUUUUAAAAAUAUACCACUUUUGUUGACAUUUUAAAGCAUCGAUAUGUAUGUACCAAGGGAGUACAAAACGAGAAGAUAAAACUUGAAAUUGCUCAUCGGGCCCUUCAGGAGCUCAUGAUUGUUUUCGUUUAUAGGCCUACACCUUUCUGUUUUGAGGUUGUACAUUUUUGGGCUUGUAUGACAAUGACGAAAAUGCUCGCUCACAGAUGUGUUCUCGUAUCUCGGCUCUUCGAUUAUGUGGAGGAAGUCAAAUUUGGUUGAAAGUGGCAUACGCAAAUACAGAGCAGGCGUCUUUUUGUGCUUUGUAUUACAUAUCUUCCUGUAUAUGACCAAGAACCUCACUCCCCAAACCUUUGUAAAUAAUAAAUAAA